GCUAGAAGAAAGACAAAGAGAUACAUGUGUGAUCAGAAUGGAAUUGCGAAAACCUCAGGGGUUGUUACAAAAUUUCUCAAAAUCUUAAACAAAAUAUUUUAAGUAUUGCAAAAACAGAAACAAAAUACGAAAGAGAAAAGUCAGAACAAUAAUAUCUAGGAUGAUUCUUAAUUUUUCCAAUCUUGGCUCCUCUCUAUCUAUCAAUCCCACCAUUAGUACUAAAAGGGCAGUCUUAAAAAGAGUUAGCUGCAGAUUUUCCUCAAUUCCAGAAAAUAGCCCGGAAGAAUCAAAGAAAAAAACAGCGGAUUUAUUGGCGUGUAGUGGUGGAAGAUUCUGUUCUUGUUUUAGCAGAAGACAUUUUAUGGAAGCAGGACUGGGAACAGGUUUUUUGCCCAUUAACCCGUCAUUUGCCUCGGAUAAAAAUUCAUUUGCCUCAGAUAAAAAUGAUCCCAUGGAAGUGUUGAAUAGGAUUCGUCCUAGAAGGCCAGAAUGGUACGAGGAGCUCUAUGCAUUUGCUUUGGACAAGUUAACGAAACCUUAUGAAGCCGAGAUUGCAGGUUAUAAGUCACAACUUUUUUCUAACUUGAGAGGGAAGGCACACAAAAUUUUGGAGAUUGGAGUUGGAACUGGUCCAAAUUUGAAAUACUAUGCAAAUGACCCGGGUAUCCAUGUGUUUGGCAUUGAUCCGAAUAGUAAGAUGAAGAAAUAUGCGUUGGUGGCCGCAGAGGCUGCAGGGCUUCAACCUUCAAAUUUCGAGUUUAUGCAAGCAAUGAAGAAACACGGGUACCAAAAAGUUUUGGCUGAAUUUGUUAAUGUUAUGCAGGUUGCAGAGGCUUUGCCAGUAGAUGAUGCUUCUGUUGAUGCAGUUGUUGGAACACUUGUUCUAUGUUCAGUAAAAGAUGUUGAUAUGACGUUGCAAGAGGUGAGGAGGGUGCUUAAGCCGGGUGGUUUUUAUGUUUUUGUGGAACACGUGGCUGCAAAUGAUGGGACGAUUCAUAGACUCGUCCAGGGGGUUCUUGAUCCGUUGCAGCAGAUGGUUGCUGACGGGUGUCAUCUCACCAGGAAUACAGGAACCAGUAUAGCUAAAGCCGGCUUUUCGGAUCUUGAUAUUAAUCAGGUUGUUUUAUCAACUGCAUCACUAGUAAAUCCCCAUAUCUAUGGAAUAGCUCGCAAGUAGCUCCAAAGUGGCAUUGAUUGUUCAUACAUAUGACUUUAUGCAUAAACGAAUAUUUUGAUGUUUUUCUCUGUUAUCCAAGAGCUUGUCAGUGUUCUACUACCAAUCCAUGUCAGAUGAGCAUAUAAUUACAGAUAGAUGUGCGGAAGACUCGAUUUAUUUACUGUUUUAUCAAAAGUCUGAAAAUUCGUAACGUUUGCUAUGUAAGUGACAUAAUUUUAUAGCAGGUUCAUCUGAAAAAAUUUAGAUCUUAUGCUGUUAUAUGUUAA